UAAAAGUAAACAACACAGCGUGAAGAUGCGGCCCGAGUUGUGCCGUCUUUGCGAGCGGCCGGCGGCCGAAGGCGGCUACCGAGGGGCCGAAUUGGAUUUGGAGGCGCUGGCCGAGUGGUGUUUGAACUAUUUGGGCUCUACUUUGGCCGACGAGGUCAAGGACGAAGACCUGUUUUGCUUCUUCUGCGUUUGGGACGCGAGGUUUUUGCGAGAAACUUUGAAUGGCCCUGAAUCAGAACUUAUUCCAUGCUGGUGGCCGGAUGAAAAAACCAAGGAUACCAAAACAUUCUCAUAUGAUCUUUUUAAAGCUGGAAAUAUUCAGCAGUGUUGGGUGACCUUGCAAAAACUGCCUUCUGAUGAGUCUUCUCUUCAAAAUUACGAAAGAGAGCCAAAAGAGUAUGAUUUAGACAAAACGAAAUUCCAGUGCAUUUAUUGCAUAAAAUCUUUUGCAUGCAAAUUAAAUUUGAAGAUGCACAUAAAAAGAAUGCAUGGCACCAUCGCAAUUCGUUGUAAUUUUAAUGUACGCUGUUGUAGUUUCUUUUUAACUGUGGUGGAAAGAGAUCUUCACAUCAAAGAGUUUCAUCUCAAACCAAAAGUGCCAGUUUUUCAAAACUGCAUUUACUGUCAAAGAAAUGGUUUUACUAGAAAAGCAAUAUGGCAACAUGUUAAAAACAAGCACGCUGAUGUUGCCUUUAUGUGUCCCUAUUUGUGUGCAAAAUAUUUCAAAUCAGAAAAUGAGCUAAAAAUUCAUUCAGAGACUCAACACAAAGGCAUUGAAGAGAGGAAAAAAUUUAAAUGCUCUAUGUGUAGUUACCAAAGUCGGAGGAGGGAUUUACUUAUGUCUCAUGAGGUCAAAGUUCACCAAAAGUUAGUUCCAUUGUUAUUUAAGUGCUUGCAGUGUCCUGCUACUUUUAUUAGCAAUUUAAUCUUGAAAAGGCACAUUUCUGAUCUCCACCAAUAUCGGGACUGUCCUUCUUGUAAAAUGAGAAUUACAUUUGGAAGUUUCAGCCAGCAUUUUCAAAUAGUACCUUGCAGAUUCUGCAAAAUUAAAUUUAACUGUCGUGGGUUGCUGAGAGAUCAUAAUUUGAAAUGUGGGUUAUCAUUCAGUUGUGCAUUUUGCUUGAAAGUAUUUGAAUAUAAAUCAUCAUUGCAGUACCACUUAAUUCGUAACCACUUGCAGGUGAAAGACCUUAGAUUUAAAGAUCGUGGACACAAAUGCAAUAUAUGUUCCAAUUAUUUGUCAUCAUCUGAAACUUUGAAAAAGCACAUUUUGCAGAUGCAUUAUAGAAAACAUGCAGUUCAGUGUUUCCAUUGCGAUAAAGUCUUUGCAAGAAAAGAGAAUUUAAUUUUUCAUUUAGCCGAAGAACAUGACCGCAUUGAAACUAAUUUCAAAUGUCAGUUGUGUCCAAGAAAGUUUUUCAGGCCCUGGCGUUUGAAAUGUCAUCAACAAAAGGAGCACAUUGGAAAAGCAAAAUGCUUCAUUUGCAAUAAAUAUGUGAGGCCAAAUUGCUUGCCUGAGCAUUUAAAACUGAUACAUAACGAAAAACUAUCAAAGUUUAACUGUACCCAGAGCAAAACAAAAUGAAAAAUAAAGUAGGCUCAUAUUAUUAUAAAUAUCGUUGACAAAAAUCAUUCUGUAGACAAGAGGCUCCUGACAUCAACAUAUUUUGAUUGCCAAAAACUUGGUCAGAAAGCCCUAUCUUCCAAGACAUACUAACUUUAAUAUAGCUUGUCUUUCUACAGUUUGCCUUGUUUUCAAUUUUCAACAUUUCUUCAUGUACACGUACAUCCAACAUAGAGGAUUGUCUUUUAACAUUUUUUCCUCUUAUUUGUAAUGUACAAAAAUUUAUGAGUAAAUUUUAUAUCUAUAUUGCAGCAGAAUUACAAAAUAAAUUCUCAUGUAGCUCAACAAGGAAUACUUUAAAAAUAUGAAUUCCUCCAUAAUUGUAAAAUUUUAACAAAAUGCGAAGUUCCAUGUGAAUAUUUAUGCUCUAAAAUAAAAAUAAAUUUUCGUUUUUCU